AAGUAAGCUACAGUUUCUCGUCGGUGGGUUUUUAUAUUUUCUCCGCACCAGUUUCAAAUUUUCAGAAAUGAGUCAACUCUGAUCUUUGUCUCUGUGGAGGGACUCCGCCGCUGUUAGCCUGCGUGAUACAAAGUCAGUCUCAUCAAAGGAGCAAAGAAACAAGAGACGGAAAAGCUGCGAGCAGACUUUUAUGUGUUCUAUCCCUUGGUUGAAUCGCGGGGAAUGCAGUUAAGGAUUACUCCAAGACAAUGAGAAAAACAGCCGGGAAAGGUGCUGUGUGGUGAGAGGGAGGCAGCGGGUGCGGCAUGCUGAGGCCACUCCCCCGGGCUCAGGAUGAGUGUCAGAGAUGGCGCUGCCAACAAGGCAACGAACGCAUGUGGAGGAGGAGGGGGGGGUGAGCCAGCUAGCCCAGCUAGCCCAGCUAGCCCAAACGAUCAUGAUGGCCGCUCAUACAUGCUCCAGAUCUACCCACGGCUGGCUACCCAGGCUGCCACCUGCUGCAAUCUUAAAGUGCAGAAGGAUGCAACAGCAGCCUCAGUGAUCUCAGAUGCUGCCUCGGCACUGGGGCUGGACCCUGGCCACCUGUAUGUGCUGGCAGAGGUGAAGGAAUGUGGUGGGGAAGAGUGGGUGCUGGAGGCCGGAGACAUGCCAGUUCAGAGGUUUCUGCUAUGGCCUCGGAAAGCCCAGGAGCAGCACCCUCAGAGCCUUGGCUUUUACUUCUUACUACAGGAGAGGAACCGUGAUGGCACUAUCCGUUAUGUCCACCUCCCGCCCCUGUCCAAGGAACAGGAGGCACAGCGGCUAGCCGCCAGGGGCUUCCUUCCCCCUCCACAGGACGACUUUGCAGACCUCUGCAACCUCCCCGUCCUCAGUGAGGACAGCAUAUUAAACAACCUGCGCACACGCUUCCACAAGAAAAAGAUCUACACCUAUGCAGGCAGCAUCCUCAUCGCCAUCAACCCCUUCAAGUUCCUGCCCAUCUACAACCCUAAAUAUGUCAAGAUGUACGAGAACCACCAGCUGGGCAAACUGGAGCCCCAUAUCUUUGCUAUCGCAGAUGUGGCAUACUACGCCAUGCUCAGGAAGAGGGUCAACCAGUGCAUUGUCAUCUCUGGAGAGAGUGGCUCAGGCAAGACACAGAGUACCAACUUCCUGAUCCACUGUUUGACUGCACUCAGCCAGAAGGGUUAUGCCAGUGGUGUAGAGAGGACCAUACUGGGUGCUGGACCAGUUCUGGAGGCCUUCGGAAAUGCCAAGACAGCCCACAACAACAACUCUAGCCGCUUUGGUAAAUUCAUCCAGGUUAAUUACCUGGAGAGUGGAGUGGUUCGAGGGGCUGUGGUGGAGAAGUAUCUCCUGGAGAAGUCUCGUCUGGUCUCCAGGGAGAAGAACGAGAGGAACUACCACGUUUUUUACUAUCUGUUGUUGGGAGCUUCAGAUGGGGAGAGGAAGGAAUUUAAGUUGCUGCCACCUGAAGAAUACUUCUACCUCAAGCAGCAAAACUUUAAGAUAGAAGAUGAGGAGGAUCUGCAUCAUGAAUUCGAAAGGCUUCAGCAGGCAAUGGAGAUGGUUGGCUUCCUUCCAGCCACCAAGAAACAGAUCUUUUCUGUGCUUUCGGCCAUCCUGUAUCUGGGCAACGUGACCUACAGGAGGAAGUCAACAGGCCGAGAUGAAGGGUUAGAUGUUGGGCCGCCGGAGGUCCUGGCCACUCUCUCUGACCUGCUAAAGGUCAAAGAGGAGUUGCUGGUUGAAGCACUGACCAAAAGGAAAACAGUGACAGUCAAUGACAAGCUGAUCCUCCCCUACAGCCAACCUGAGGCUAUCACAGCCAGAGAUUCCAUGGCUAAGUCUCUGUACAGCGCCUUGUUUGACUGGAUCGUUCUACGUAUCAAUCACGCACUGCUAAACAAGAAAGACAUGGAGGAAUCUGUCCCAUGCUUGUCCAUUGGUGUCCUGGACAUUUUUGGCUUUGAAGACUUUGAGACCAACAGCUUUGAACAGUUCUGCAUCAACUACGCAAAUGAGCAGCUGCAGUAUUAUUUCAACCAUCACAUCUUCAAUCUGGAGCAGGAGGAGUACCAAGCAGAGGGAAUCACCUGGCACAACAUCGACUACAUAGACAAUGUGGGCUGUAUCCAUCUCAUCAGCAAGAAGCCCACUGGCCUGCUCUACCUGCUGGAUGAGGAGAGCAACUUUCCCCAUGCCACAGAUGAGACAUUGUUGGCCAAAUUCAAGCAGCAACACAGGGGAAACAAAUACUUUGUGCCCACACCAGUCAUGGAGCCUGCCUUCGUCAUUCGACACUUUGCUGGGAAAGUCAAAUAUCAAGUCAAGGAUUUCCGUGAGAAAAACACAGACCACAUGCGUCCAGACAUUGUGGCGUUGUUGCGGAGCAGCGACAGCGCUUAUGUUCGGCAGCUCAUUGGCAUGGACCCUGUGGCAAUGUUUCGCUGGGGCAUCCUGCGCGCUACCAUUAGAGGCAUCGCAGCUUUCAACGAGGCUGGUCGCUCCUGGGCCGCCAAGAGUUCAGGUGUUGUCCGUCCGAUCUCCAGAACUCCUUUAGGAGAGCUUCAACGGUCCAAUGCCCCAAUAGAAAGAAUGUACAAACGAGCCUCUAUGCUCGAUUUCUACUUUGAUCACUCAGAAGAGCGCCCUCUAGAGGCCUUUGAAGACAUCUUUGCUAGCUAUGAGAGUAAGAAGAAAAACAAGAGCGUCAAACAGAGGCAGCUCAUCCCUAAGAAUUUGAUAGAUUCUCGGUCUCUGAAGUUCAUUGUGAGCUUGACACUGCACGAUCGCACUACCAAAUCGCUGCUCCAUCUGCACAAGAAGAAGAAACCCCCCAGCAUCAGUGCCCAGUUCCAGACCUCUCUGACCAAACUCUUGGAAACUCUGAACAGAGCAGAGCCUUUCUUCAUUCGGUGCAUCCGCUCCAAUGCCGAGAAGAAGGAGAUGUAUCUGGAUGAGGCCUUGGUGGUUCAACAGCUUUGUUAUACAGGAAUGCUGGAAACUGUUCGCAUCAGGAGGUCAGGCUACGGAGCCAAGUACACAUUCCAGGAGUUUUUAGAGCAUUUCAGGGCUUUGCUGCCAAAGAACUCAACUGCCUCCAGGGAGGACAUCUUAGCUCUGCUUGAAAAGAAGAUGGGCCUGGACCCCACCACAUACCAGAUAGGCAAAACUAAGGUGUUCUUGAAAGAGCUGCAGCGACAGCAUCUGCAGGACUCGCUGCACAAAGAUGUAAUGCGUAAGAUCAUCUUUCUUCAGCGCUGGUUCAGAGGUCGCCUGCAGAGGAAAGAGUUUCUGGACAUGAAACAGGCUGCCAUCUUGAUCCAGCGUCAAUGGCGCAGGUACUGGAAGCAACGGGCUGCCACUGUAAUCCAGGCUGCUUGGAGAGGCCACAGACAGAGAUCAGAGUUCCACCGCCAAAGACAAGGUGCCACUAAAAUACAAGCCCUGGUCAGAGGCCACUCAGCACGCAGGAGGGUCAACUCCAUACGUGAGGAGAAACAGAAAAAGGAGGACGAGGCAAAAGAAGCUCAGAGGAGGCUAGAAGAAGAAGAAAGAAGGAGAAUUGAAGAGGAGGAGGAAGCAAGGAGGAGGAUGGAAGAAGAAGAAGUAAGAAGAAAGGCAGAAGAGGAGGAGGCAAGGAGGAGAGCAGAGGAGGAGGAGGCCGCCAGGAAAGCACAGGAAGCUAUGGCUGAAGCAGCAGCAGAGAAACAGAGAGACGAAGAAGAGAAAAGACGAGCAACAGAACCUCAAACAAGAGAGGAUCCGGAUAUAGAGCUGGUCACAGAGGAGAUGCUGGAUGACAACCUUCCAGUCCAAGAGAGAGGAGAGGAGGACAGAGAGAUCACAGAAAGCUCACAUCCAGACGAGGAACAGGGCAAGGACGAUGAGGAUGAUGAUGAAUCGCUUGAAGCAGAUGAAGAGUGUGGAUCUCCUACUUCUGAUUUAGAGAACAACGGUUCCCAGACUGGGGCUGGACCUCAGCUGCACGAGAAAGAAGAGGACGAUUCGGAGAACCAAACACUAGAAAAGUCAAAUACAAAAUCUCGUCUGCCCUCCGAUGGGGCCGACUCAGAUGCACUUACAACCAUAUCCCCAGGUCAGCAGGUGGAUAAACAGGCUCCCGGCACUACCUCCACAACUCCCCAUGCUGACCAGAAGAGAGCACAACCCCCAGUUAAGGGCCAGACAUCCAGGAGCCAGGAGAAGAGGGAGCAGAGGAGACGAAGAGGGCUAGAGCACAACCAGAGAGAGAGUGAACGAGCUGCCUCGACCACCUCCUCCUCCUCCUCAGAUGUUAGCAAGGAGCAAACGUCCCCACCGAAGAGCAAAAGCCAGGAGUCAAAGCUAAAAGAACGGGCGGACAGCAAGGAGCUUGACCAGUACACCUUUGUGGCCUGGAAAAUGAAGGACGACAAAGGAGGAAAGAAGGAGGCCAAAACUUCUCCUCCCUCUGCUGGCCCUGUUCGUCCAUCCACAUUAUCCUUGCAGCCUGCCGACUCUGUGCCCGAGAGAAACGGCCUAGGAGAGGGCACCGGAGCAGUAAACCUGCAGCGCCGGCCUGGUGCAAUAAAGGAGAAGCCAGAGAAGUGGAGAGGCAUGAAGAGUGAUGGACACCCGUCUGAAAACAGCCCUCCUCCACCUCACAGCAGAGAGGAAAGGAGGACAAAACACUCACUGAGUGAGACAGCCUCCUCAUCAGUUGACAGUUUGUCUCCAGGCUCUGAGGGUGCUGGUGCUGUUUCAUCCAGAGAGACGACUUCACACCCAGAAAGCCACAGUGAGUCCUCCAAGGGAAGCUCCCUCCGAAGAAGACACCAUGAUGGUUCUGGUUACCAAGAACCCCCCCCAAUCCCAUCCACACCAGACAAGCCAAGUGGUUUCUUCAGCAAGAUUUUGAAAAAACGACCCAAGGAGGCCCACACCCCAGACAACGGAGACCUGACACUCUCUCAGGUUCUCAGUGAUAAGUCAGCAGGAGGAGAAGCCUCAUCGUCUGGACACCAAUCUCGACCUUCCUCCCAGUCCCACGGGGACCGCGCUGGAAAAGGUUUAAGCCGUAACCCCACCAUUAAAAUCAGUCGUGCCACUCGGGUCUCUGAGCAGUGGAAUGCCUCGCUUGAUCGGGAGAUCACCAACGCCAAUGAACUGCGGCAGCUUGAUGAGUUUCUGGGCAACCAGGUCAAUGAUUUCCGCUCCAGAGGGAAGUCGCUGUCAGAUGCAGAGGGCAUCUUUGUAUCAGCCACCAUGCAGUUCAGAGACACUAUCAAAGCCAUGUAUUCUGUCCCAAAACCCACCAUCGGCUACAAAGGUCUGAUGACAGGCUACCAGAACCAAGUGAUCCGCCUGGCGGGAGACAAACAGAAAGGAGAGGUCAAACUUGUGACCAACCUGUUCCAGUCGGUGCUGGAUGGCUUCAUCAGAGGAGAGAUAAAGAAGGCGGAGGCUGAGCCUGCAAAGCCUCCUAAAGCAAGAAAGAAGAGGCGGAAAAAAGAUAAAAGUAUGGAGAGUCCCCUGGAUCAUGUUUUCACCCACUAUCAGGUCAAUAUCAUGCAAUCAUGUGACCAGUGUAUGUCUUAUAUCUGGGGCAUGGAGAAGGCCUACAUGUGCAGCUAUUGUAAAAUGGUGUGCCACAAGAAGUGUAUCUGCAAGAUAGUGACGGACUGCUCCACCUUCUGUGCCAAAAAGAGUGACGAGGAGUCCAGUGGUCACUUCGGGGUACGUGUGUGUCACCUGGUCAACGAUAAGAAUCCAGUACCCAUGGUGCUGGAGAUGAUGCUGGAACAUGUGGAGAUGCAUGGCCUCUACACUGAGGGCAUCUACCGCAAGUCUGGCUCAGCCAACCGCAUGAAAGAGCUGCACCAGCGACUAGAGCCCGACCCACACCUGGUCUGCCUCGAAGACUAUCCCAUCCACACAGUAACAGGCCUGGUGAAACAAUGGUUGAGGGAGCUGCCAGAUCCACUCAUGACCUUCACACAUUAUAAUGACUUCCUGCAUGCAGUGGAACUGCCAGAGAAACACGAGCAGAUUCAUACCAUCUACAGAGUGCUGGACGAGCUUCCAAUGGCAAACUACACCACAUUGGAGAGACUGAUCUUUCACCUUGUCAUGGUUUGUAAAAACGAGGCUGCUAACCGCAUGUCCUCUAACUCAUUGGCCAUAGUGUUUGCUCCGUGUAUCCUACGCUGCCCAGACAGCGCAGACCCCCUGCUCAGCAUGAAGGACGUCGCCAAGACCACCACAUGUGUGGAGAUGAUCAUCAAUGAGCAGAUUAAACGCUACAAUGAGAAGAUGGAGGAGAUCGAGCAGCUGGAGUACGCAGAGACUCUGGCUGUAAAUCAGUUAAAACUCAAGAGAAAGAACACGCACUGCUGGCAUUUACCUCUCAGGUUCUCAGCUCCUUACAAAGGAGUGGUGAUGCACGAGAAGGCCAGCUCUGAUCUCAGCGUAGUCCCUGAGAACGAGCCUCUGGACUCAGACACAGAGGCAGAGAAGAACCUGGUGGAGCGCAUCAAGUCCAUCAAACAGGAGAAAGAGGAUCUGGCCUGUCGCCUCCCAGAAAUGGAGCAGCCUGGUUCAGACCAGGAGAACUUGGACUCCGAAGCCUCAAUGAGCUCUGAAAGUCUCUUGGACGAGCAGCAGCGCUCCUCUGCCCACAGCUCAGAGCCUGAAGGAAGAGGUUGCCCUCAGAUGAGGAGAAACAGGCCAGUUUUCCCACCCAAACCAUCAGACCUGGCUCAGCGACCUAAAGUCCCCGUUGGACGUAUCUCUUUGCCAAACCUCACCCAUGCUAGCUCCUCCUCUUCUGUGUCCAGCUGCGCUUCUUCAACCUCUGAAUCCUCCUUCCGGCAUCCACUGCAACGUCGCAACCCUGUCAUCCCAGGCACGGUUAAACUCCCCCCAGGCAUCCUCCCCCAGUCUGUAGCCUCGAGUCCUACCCAGACGUACAUCCCUACUGGAAGUCGAGCCUUUAAACACUUGAUGAGGAGAAGAGAGCAGCCCGGCCGCCGUAAAGACAGCACCCAGUCCCUGUACAUUGACGGCGCCGAGUGUGACCUGUUGUUGCAGUUUUCCUCCUGCCCUCCCUCCGCUUCCACCUCCUCUUCCUCCAUCUCCUUGGUUACACCCUCUCCUCCAUACCAGCACCACGAGACACAAGCCUCCAAAGGCCAGAGACGUUUUUCUGACCCAGACAUUCCUUAUAUGGAUGAUGACGUCUGACCAGGGCAGAGCAGAAAAGAUGUAGAAGCGAAAAGGAUCAUGGGCAACGAUGUUUGAGUGUACAGAAGGAAAAAAGUAUAAAUGACAUACAGUUGCCACGAAUGACAAUGAUUGACUUUGAAAAGCGAGGACAGAAUAAGAAUCAAGGAUCCCCGUGGAGGAGCACGACCUCUACAUGUGAGGUGGAGAUGAGAGAAUGUGUGAGGAGGGUUAGGGCGGUUCAGCUUUGUUGCUGCUGUUAGUGGAAACUAAUCAAGGAACUGCAAAUGUUUUUCUCAAGUCUUAUUGUCUUAUAUGACAGUAAAGAUAUCUGGGUGAGAUGUUGCCAAGCACCUUUUCUAUAAUUUUAAUGUAUUGAGGUUACUAUUGAUGAAUCCAUUCUCAACACAAGCGAUAUUUUCUGUAGCCUCUUUAUAACAGGCCAGCAAAUUCUUUCUCCUGUCUUUUUUUUUUAACACAUUUGUGCUAAUUCAAGGAAAUUUUGCAGGUUCCAGUUGCACUUUUCCAUUUCUCCUAAUGACUAAGUGAAACCCACAUGCUCACUGAAUUAUUAGCUUGUGCCUUGAUAAUGUACAGAAAGUGGAAAGAAACUAAUUUUUAUGUCAUGUUAAAUGCUUACAGAGGGAGGGAUGGUUUUUCAGGAUGAAGGGAGGGGGGGGGGGCAUACCUUUUGUGUCUUACACCUAUGAGUUAAAUUGUACUGAACCGACACAACAUGUUUGAAACGAGGCCCUAACAUGCAUGUUGUGACUGUCGUGUGUACAAAUGCUCAGUCACAUCCGCUACAAUGGACAACAAGCUCUUUCCCACGUUCACCUUUGACCUGCCGCGUGGCAGACAUCAGAUAGGAAGUCAUUGCCUUCACCCAGCAAAGGGAAAACGGGAGCAGCACAUGCCACUUUUCCUUUUGAAUCCACAAAAAACACACAAAAACCCAGCCACCACGCAA